UUUCGGUUUGGUCAAUAUGUCCAAAGUUCGCUCACUAUUUUUCUCAUUGGGUGUCAUACAAAAAAGAUUGGUUAUUGGCCAGUCACAGGCAUUUGGAAGCAAAGCAAGGAACAUGUCAACAAUGGAUUACACAUUUGAAACCCUGAAAGUAACAAGACCAAAGGAUUUUGUUGUACAAGUGGAAAUGAACAGACCCAAAAAAUUGAAUGCAAUGAAUCGAGCAUUUUGGAGGGAGUGCAGGGAGUGCUUUCAAAGACUGUCCACAGAUGAAGAUUGUAGAGUUGUUUUGGUUUCAGGAUCUGGCAAAGCUUUUACAGCAGGAUUAGAUUUGACAGACAUGGCCGAAGAUUUUAUGAGCUCAGACCUAGAAGUUGGUAGGAAAGCCUUCAAAUUAAGGAAUUUAAUCAGAGACUAUCAGGAGACAUUUACAGUUAUUGAAAAAUGCCCUAAACCUGUGAUAGCAGCAAUACACAAUGCUUGUGUUGGAGGUGGAGUUGACAUGACAUCAGCCUGUGAUAUAAGAUACUGUACCAGUGAUGCAUGGUUUCAAAUAAAGGAGGUAGAUGUUGGGCUUACAGCAGAUGUAGGCACGCUACAGAGAUUUCCAAAGAUAGUAGGAAAUGAUAGCUUAGUAAGGGAACUUUGUUAUACAGCAAGGAAAUUCUACAGUGAUGAAGCAAAGCAAAUUGGAUAUGUAAGUCGGAUAUUCCCAGACAAGGAGGCCAUGAUUGAGGGUUCUUUAGAGAUGGCCUCUAUGAUUGCUUCAAAGUCACCAAUUGCUGUCCAAGGAACCAAAGUUAGCCUGGUGUUUUCUAGGGACCAUGGUGUACAGGAGGGAUUGAAUCAUGUGGGUCUAUGGAAUCAAGGAAUGCUUCAAAGUGAAGAUGUGAUGAAAUCUGCAAUGGCAGCAAUAGAGAAGAAACAAGCAACAUUCUCAAAGUUAUAAAGAAAACCUGUGAUUUAAUGCUUUGCUGACAAUAAAAGAGUGAUUAUUACAGAAAUGUAAAUAUAAUUAUAUUUCUAACAGGGAACUAUAUGUACUACAUGUAUAUUCAGGGUUACAAAUGUACUCUACGUGUAUAUUUUACAAGUGUGACUAGACUAUGAAAAUUUAAUACAUACAUUGUAUUUAUUCAUAUCAAAGAUCUAUAACUCUUGUUUUACAAUGUUAUCAAAUUUGUUCUAUGAUUGACACUUUAACUUCCAUCUUUGCUACAUAUUAUUGCACUUUUCAAAGCAU